AUGCUGAGAGAGGGUGGGGCUCCUGUCCCCGCAGACAUGACCAGGAGUGAAGCCAAAAAGGGGAAUCCAGGAGGUAGUAUGUCGGCCGAGGAGCAGGUCCACCCCGGGCUGGAGCAGAGCAGCUCGGAGCUGCUCAGGCCAAAGCUGAUGAUGAAGCAGACGUCUAAAGAAAGUGUCCUGCAGCAGAAGAACCCGGAUAACCAGGUCUACGAUGACGGCACCAACACCUUCUUCUGGCGCGCCCACACUGUCACCGUGCUCUUCAUCUUAACCUGUGUCCUCGUCUACGUCACUGUGUUGGAGGAGACACCUCAGGACACCACCUACAACACCAAGAGAGGAAUCGUGGCCAGUAUUCUGGUCUUUCUGUGUUUUGGAGUCACUCAGGCCAAAGAUGGACCCUUCACCAGACCUCACCCAGCGUACUGGAGGUUCUGGCUCUGCGUCAGUGUGGUCUACGAGCUCUUCCUCAUCUUCAUCCUCUUUCAGACGGUCCACGAUGGUCGGAUCUUCAUGAAGUACAUCGACGCCAAACUUGGGGUCCCGCUCCCGGAGCGCGACUACGGCGGGAACUGUCUGGUAUACGACGCUAACUCCACCGACCCCUUCCACAACAUCUGGGACAAGAUGGACGGAUUCGUGCCGGCUCACUUCCUGGGAUGGUACAUCAAGACUCUGAUGAUCCGCGAUUGGUGGAUGUGUAUGAUCAUCAGUGUGAUGUUCGAGUUCCUAGAGUACAGCUUGGAGCACCAGCUGCCGAACUUCUCUGAGUGCUGGUGGGACCAUUGGAUCAUGGACGUGCUGGUGUGUAAUGGUUUGGGGAUCUACUGUGGGAUGAAGACUCUGUCGUGGCUUUUCAUGAAGCCGUAUCAGUGGCAAGGACUGUGGAGCAUCCAGUCCUACAAGGGUAAGAUCAAACGUAUAGCGUUCCAGUUCACUCCGUACAGUUGGCUGAAGUUCGAGUGGAAACCGGCGUCAAACCUGCGGCGCUGGUUAGCAGUGCUGGGCAUCAUCUUUAUGUUCUUGUUGGCUGAGCUGAACACCUUCUACCUGAAGUUCGUUUUGUGGAUGCCUCCGGAACAUUACCUGGUUCUGCUGCGACUCGUCUUCUUCGUGAACGUGGGCGGGGUCGCCAUGAGAGAGAUCUACGACUUCAUGGACCAUCCUAAGUUCCAUAAGAAGUUGGGGCAGCAGGCCUGGAUCGUUGCCGCCAUCACUGUGACAGAGUUCCUGAUCGUGGUGAAGUACGACCCCCACACCCUCAUGCUGCCCAUCCCCCUCUUCAUCAUCCACUGCUGGACCCUGGGCUUCAUCCUCAUCGUGUCCUGGACCCUCUGGAGGUUCUUCAUACGUGACGUCACUCUUCGAUACAAAGAAACUCAGAAAAAGAAACAGGAAGUUCCUCUCGGCAACGGAUCCACUCCCAGCGGCCGCAGCAAACUCAACGGCAGCUCGGACUCAGUCCGACAGAGGAAGUCCUGA